AUGGUAGAAAUAGCUAUUCUGAUCAUUGCUCAUGCUCACCACGUCGGUACGGCAGUGGUUGGAAUUUUCCGCAUGGCGGAUUGCUUCACUAAACUGCUUUGGCCAGCGUACGUUCGCGAACGACUCUCAUCAACAUACUCGUAUUUGGCAGGCAGUUUGGCAGUGACAGCAGCUAGUGGAGUUGCGGCCUCACGUAAUGCAGCGAUCAUGCGUCUCACUCAAACUGGAGGAAUCAUGGUUGGUUGUCGCCGUCCAGACUGCAACCGUCCAUUAUUUGGCUCUAGCGCUUCAAUAGCAGCUGUACAUCCGGAGUUCAGCGGAUACGUCUACAGAGACGUUGAUAUGUGUAAGGCGACGAGGACGGAUCAGCUUCGUUCGACGGUCUUGUCGUGA